AGUUGCUCUACAUAGUAUCUCUCCUACCAUGUCCGACACCGCUGAAGGUUUCAUGGAGAUAUCCUUUCCUCCUUAUUUCCGUUGGGUUUGGCUAUGUGGCGUUAUACUCAUAACAACAUCGUUCAUCGUCCUUGCGGGUAUUCACGAGACGUUCCCUGGCUUGAUCAUAGCCUUCGGUGUAGCUCUGCUAUGGAUAGCUCUACCGGUCGUCAUUUUACUCGUGCAGAUGACGAGAAAAUACGGGUUUCGACAGGGCCUCAAGAAGCUCCGGCAGGGUCCAGCGAGCCCAACUGAUGGUAUUCAUCAGGUGCCAACGCCUGAGGAUAAGAAGGCGUUCUUGGAGGCGGCCAAAAGUGCUUCUAUGGUGACGCUGGAUACCAUGGGUGCACCGCAGGACCUGUGCCCGAUAUGUCUUGAUGAGGAGGAUAUGGGAGAUCCAUUGAUAACAUUGAGGUGUGGUCAUGUAUUCCAUGAGAAGUGUAUCGAUUCGGUCAUCGAUACAGCAUACGAGAAGAUGUAUGCUCCUAAUUAUCUGGGAUUACCAAUACUACCUCGUGAUGAAGUGUUGAACUCACUUCGCUGUCCUCUCUGCCGUUCCCAAAUGACGGAGUUAGAGCACGACAUCGAAGAGGGCAACCUCGAGCCUAUCGUAGAAGCCAAUGAUGAGGAGGAGUCUGUUGUUGAGAUGGCCGCCUCCGUCGUCAUCAGCACACCGGUGGCUCGGCUCCCUCCCACAUUCUACGCAUCAACAGGGCGAGCAGCUGAGGUAUCUCACAUGCAUCCAUCACCAUCUGUGAUGCAGUUGUAGACGACCUAUGGUCUCUACAAUGCUAUUUGUGCUGGCCUGAGGAACUACAGUG